AUGCCCACGCUGGACGUGAGCGAGCUGAAUGUGGUGAUCGCAGUUCUAGGAGGGUUCAUGCUCCUCUACGGCGUCAUCUCUGUCAAGAUCAAGAGCUUCUGGUAUCUGGGGGAAGCUUUACCGGCGGUCCUGGUAGGCAUAAUUUUAGGUCCCGCGGCAGCGAAAUUGCUAGAUGCAACAGAAUGGGGGUCGGCCGUCAGAGACCAACAGGAAGCAAUUACUUUGGGCCUUUGCCGCGUCGCUAUUGGGGUGCAAUUAGUGAUGGCCGGCUACCAACUACCGGCCCAAUACCAACGCUACCACUGGAAAGAAAUGUUCAUUUGCCUGAUUCCCAACAUGACGUUGAUGUGGCUGCUCACCUCGGGAUGUGUCAUGGCUUCCAUCCCCAACAUGCCAUUUGUGUCUGCUUUGGUAAUCGGCUCCUGCGUCACCUGCACAGACCCAAUCCUAUCCCAGGCGGUAGCGAAAGGACCGUUUGCCGACAAGUACGUGGCGCGCGAGUUGCGUGAGAUCAUUUCCUCCGAGGCAGGCAUCAACGACGGAUUUGGGUUUCCUUUUCUCAUGCUAGCCACAUACAUAAUGCGACAUGCACAAGGCGAAGGAUAUCACGGGUCUCAAGACUCACAUGCCGGUCAACUGCUGGCAAGGGCAGGCGAUGUUGGCCGUCAGGGUGGGGGUGUCGGGGAAGCACUGGGCAACUGGGUGGUUGAAACAUGGCUCUACUACGUAGUGCUGGGGGCCCUGUAUGGUGUGGUGGUAGGAUAUGCCGCGCUUCAUGCUUUGCGGUUCACGCUGCGGCGGAGGUGGAUUGAUAGCGAAAGCUAUCUUCUCUUUCCUACAGCUCUUGGACUCUUUAUACUGGGCACAUGUGGCUGCAUAGGCACUAACGAUUUAAUUGCCUGCUUCUGCGCCGGCAGCGCUCUGAACUGGGACGGGGGCUUUUUGGCGGAGACGGAGGCCCGCCAUGACGAAGUCAACGCCAGUAUCGAUGUUCUGCUCAACUUCGGCGGGUUCAUGUACAUCGGAGCCAUCUUUCCAUGGGAUGAAUUUCACCAGCCGGAUCUGACUGGAAUUACCUACCCUCGCUUAAUUCUCCUGGGGCUGAUGGUGUUGCUCCUGCGGCGCAUCCCCAGCAUCCUGCUCCUAUACAAGCUAAUGCCGCGAGUGUGCAAGAACUGGAAAGAAGCCCUUUUCAUGGGGUAUUUCGGACCUAUCGGCAUCGGGGCCGUUUUCUAUGUCGAGCAUACGCGGCAUCUUUUUCCUAAGCCCGGCAACGGUGACGAGGCAGAGGCCCAACUGAUGCGCGCUAUUGGACCGACGGUUUACUGGCUCGUAUUCUUCUCUAUAUUCGUCCACGGGCUCUCCAUUCCCGCCCUCAACGCCAUUUAUACCGCCGCCGGCGUGCCCCCAGUGGUGGACCCCUCGGGUCCAGCCGAGAUCCGGCCAUUAUCAGCGAAUCAGGCUCUGCCGAAGAACAGCUACAUGAAUGCAAAACGGCGAUCAAUCAUGCUGUUCAAUCGCUUUUCUCGCGCGAACUAUCCAGGCAAUCUGGGCUGGGAGCUGCCGUUUACCCACGACGACAGACGCGAACGAUCCAGUGUGCCCAGCCCCCCAACAUUUCAUCUACAAAGCAUGGAGAAUCCGAUAUAA